CUCAAUUAACAUUUUGGUUAAUUCUGUUUCAUUUGGUGUUUUAAUUUUCUUUUUUUUAUUCCUUUUUGUGUUUUGUGUUUUGUUUUUCUUUUUAUCUGGUUUUGGUGAGAAAGGGAGAGUUUUAAUGAUGAAUAAAGAUUCCAGGAUUAUCCAGGAGAUCACUGCCAUUGUUGAUUCAAUGGGAUUUUGGGAUGACCAAGAAAAGGUUUAUAAGAUAAAUUCUGAUACUUGUGAGUGUUUAAAGGAGAUUCUUCGUCUUCUUCGUAAAGAUGGUUCCAGUUUUCCGGUUUUACGACAUCUUGGGAAGAUAAAUAUUGUCGAGAAAGAUCUUAUUCCAAUAAUUAAAGGUUAUUGUUUAACGGAUGAAGCGCUUGCCGGUUAUACGGUUCGUCUUUUGGUUGUGUUGACUUAUCCCGCUCUUGUUUUCUUUAAAGAAAAAGUUCCAAAUGAUGUUGAUCAGAAGAGAACAUUUUUCCAAUUGAAUAGUUUUCUUCGAACAUAUAAAACUGUAUUCUCACAGCAUAAAGAUGUCUGGGAGAUUCUCUGUAAAAAGGCAGCCAUCAUCAUUAAGAAAGAUCCACUUGACCAAUCGGAAGAGGAAAAAAUUUUAUUGGAAAGGAUAUUCAUCUUGAUUCGUAAUAUUUUACAUGUUCCCAAAGAUACUUUUAUCGAUGUUGCUGAUGAAGAUGAAAUGAUCACCGAGGAUUUGAUUGUUUCACUGAAAACAUCAGGAACUCUUGAUUUUAUCCUUCAGUUUACAUCAGACACAGUUUCACAUCAAUUUUGUUUCCAUCUUUUGGAAAUUAUUUAUUCACUAUUGAGAGGACAGUGUCCAGAGUUUCUUGCCUUUGACGAGUCUCAAGGUCAACAUGCGACUAAAAAAUGUAAAUCAAGUGCCAAUUCCGUUGAAAGUAAAGAGCUAGAGGAACUCAAGGAUAGAGAGAAAAGAUUCUCAAAUUUUGCCAAAAGUUCUCGUUUCAAUCGUUUCAAGGAUUCAACUUAUACAGUUAAAAAUGUCAAAUCGAUCGGGGAAAAUGAUCUAAUCUACCACAAAACCACCGAUGAUCCUCACAAGAUUAGUUUGGAUAAAGAAAAAACAUCAACUAGAAGGCCAAAGAAUAAAGCUCUCAUGGCCGAUAAUUUUACUACCUGGUCCAGUGCGUCGGGAAUCGCUUUUCGUCGUCCAUCCAUGAAAGUCCAAGUAAUUCUGAAAGAAUUUUGUGAAAAUUUUAUCAAAGAAAGUUACAACCCGCUAAUGGCCUAUGUGAAAAGUGCCCUGGAAAACAAAAACGCCCAAGAAAAUGAUGAGACUUAUUAUUUUUUCGCUGCUUAUUUUUUCAUGGAAUUUAACAGAAUAGCUGAAAGAGAUCCAAGUUCUAUCGAGGAAACUUUCAACUUUGAAUAUUUUCAUUAUCUACACAGCAGAAUUGUCACUUGCACGGAAAAUAUUGCAAACGCACGUGCAGAUCGAGAAGUGAUCCAAGCCUAUUCGAGAAGAUGCCACACGUCUUUAAAGGCUUACAAAGAGCUUUUUUACACGAUCGCAUCGAUGAAAAAUGUUCAAGAUGAGAAUAUGCUCUCCAUUUCGAAAGAAAUUCUCGAUAAAGCUUUUCUCGAGCUUGAUUAUCGGGAACUUCUUCUCACUUUAUUGAGUAAUUAUGACGAGCAAAAGAUGAGUCCUCAAUUUCUUAAAGAUUUAAUCGAAACUAAUCAUGUAUUUUUAAAGAUGUUUGAACAUUUCACCAAUUCCAAUUUAGAUCAUUUAGAAUUUUUUCGAUAUAGUAACUCAAAGGUGAUUAGAUCUUACCUUUUAGCUUUACAUCGAUUUGAAUUCAAUACAGAAAAAUUGAAUCAUGCGAUAAUUAGGAUGUUCCAUAGGAUCGCAUGUGAAUGUAUCUCAGUAUUGUUUUUCCAACUUUCCAUUUUCAGAGUAUUCCAAAGAUGCUUUGAAUUUAGUAAAGUUGAUAAAGGUAACAAGUUGGUCGAGAUCGUAAACUUUGCUCGAUACAUUAUUCGAGAGUUCGUGAAACUUGCCAAGGAAAAUGAUAAGCUUCUGGUUGAAACGUUGUUCUGGAAAUCUAAAAGUGAUAUGUGUUCAAUUGAAAGUAAUUAUGCUGAACCUGAGCCGAAAAAGACAAGGAAACGACGAAAGAAAAAGAAUGGAACCAUUUCCGAUUCUGACAAGUCCGAUCAAUCUGAAGAUGAAAGAGAAAAAGAAAUUGGAAUCGAUGAUCAGCUUGGUGAUCUUUCAAAUGAUUCUGGUGAAGGAUUUAUACCUGUUCUUUCGAGUACACAAAAUGUUCAACCAGAUCGAUCCGAUAUUCCCGAAAGACCGGAAAUUCCCGAAAUGUCAAGUAUAAAUGCUCAAAGUGAAGGAAACAGUCAAACAUUUGGCAUCAAUGGAUCAGAAUUACCAUGUGAAUCAGAACUUCUUUCCGUAUUUGGUGCUGGUAACGAUGAUGAUGAUGAUGAUCUUUUGGAUCUUGAUGAAGUUUUAGAUCAUGUUGCCGAUGAUCAAGACGAAAUGCCCACGUUGAGCCAAGAUGAUAAUCAGCUGAACGAAGUUCCAAUGUUGAGCCAAGAUGACAACCAGAUAGAUGAAAUUCCCAUGUUGAGUCAGAAUGAUGAUCAGCUGAAUGAAACGCUAAUCGAAAACCCAGUCAACAAUAUCUCUGAUGUUCUUAAUGAUGAUGACUCAAUGGAAGGUGAAGUCACUAUUGUAAAAAGAAAAAAGAAAGUCAUUUUUGAAGAGAGUGACGAAGACGAAUGAGACAUUUGAACCUUUUGAACAUUUAGCUCAUUCCUCGUCAUCAAUUGAACCAUUUUCAUGUAAACAAAAUUUUAAUCCAAUAACAAUAAACAUCCAUCAACAACUUUUA